GCCUCGAUAGCAGUUUCAUAGACUUUUGUUAAAAUGUAUACUUGAUCUCACCACCGAUUUUACAGACAAACUCAACAUAACACGACGCUUUCGAAAAUGGAAAACCUUACAUCAGCAGGACUUCUGUGGGACAGCUCCUCUAAGAGGGAGCUGGUGGGAUACGAAGCGGCCAAGAACGAGAACUGCAUCAACCGAAACUUCUUCGAAAUGUACGUGAACUUCCUGUGGAUCUUCGCCUGCAUCUACAUUCUGUCGCGGCUGGCCCUACUCCUUGAACGCUUCCUCGGACCGCGUCUUCUGGCCCAAAAGCGCUGGUGCGACGUCCGGUCGAUCAAGAACGAGUGGGAGCUGACCCUGGCGCUGUACGAGGAGGACAAGCGCCAGCUGGGCGCACAGGUGCGCGAGCUGCGCGAAAAGAACCUCAGCCUGGAGCGCGUGAUGAACGAGCUGCGCGACUGCAACAUCCACCUGAUCAGCGAGAACUUCAUGCGGUCCGUUAUGCAGGAAGAGAAACCGAAAACAGCGCCGUCCAACAUCUACAUCACCAACAGCCACUUCCACCUCACGGGCCAGGUGUUCGUGAACCAAAGUCAGAUCGAUCUUGGCCUGGAUAAUGCUCGCGGAAAGGAUCUCGACACCUUGGGCGCCCACGGGAAGGGGCCCAAUGUGUGGCUGCAGUACCUGAAGAUGCGAAAGUGCUACAUGGGCCCGAUUGCCGAUCCAAAUUUGAUAGCUCCCAGCAGCCCGGAGCAUAUGCUGCCCAUUGUUAUGACCACCGAGCAGUUGGCCAAGUUGCAGGGCAUGAUCUAGUUCUUUUUUUGAAGUUCAACGCUGCCCAAAUAGCAAGUCUUAUUGUUAUUUAAACAAAAAACAAAAAGGAAAAAAAAUUCUUUUGCAUAUUAAAAUUUAAGUCGUGCUUUACGCAUUCAAAAUUAGUUGCAAUUUUACUUUUUCUGAUCAAAAUAAAAAUUGGCUUAACUAAGCUUCUUACCGAUAGUAA